CUCAACUGUUCCUUAAAUUCGCUGGUAUUUUUGUUUACAUAUAUUUUCCUUUCAGAGUAAUUGGUGUUUUGAGUAUUUUGCUAAAAACUUGGUACCUUUAAAGUUGAACUUUAGGGUGGAAAUGUUUAGAUAACUACGCAUGGAUAUGAGAGAAAAAUGUCAUAUACACCCAUUAAACACCCAUGUUCAGCCCGAUAAAUGUAUUUCUUUCUUGGUUGUGAGAGUCCACAACAUUGCUCAUGGAAUUACAUCACCUAGCCACCAGGAGGAGCCAAAGACACCCCAAACCAGAAUGAUGGCUGAGGAAGAGAAGUCACAAGAUGAGCCGCUGAUAGGGUACUUCAAGUCGUACCGUGAGCUUUUCGAGUUCUUCUGUAGCAACACUACUAUUCAUGGAGCCAUCCGACUUGUGUGUUCCCGCAACAACCGAAUGAAGACAGCCUUCUGGCUAGUCCUCUUCCUGGCAACGUUUGGACUUAUGUACUGGCAGUUUGCACUUCUUUUUGGACAAUACUUUAGUUAUCCAGUCAGCAUCAAUGUCAAUGUUAACUCUGACCGACUUCCCUUCCCAGCAGUGACUAUUUGUACUUUAAACCCAUACAGCCAUUGGAAGUCAGAGCAGCAAGCAACAGGCAGAGGAUUGGCCAUUGGAAGUCAGAGCAGCCAGCAACAAGCACAGGGUUGGCCAUUGGAAGUCAGAGGAGCAGCCAUCAACAGGCACAGGAUUGGCCAUUGGAAGUCAGAGGAACAGCCAUCAACAGGCAAAGGAUUGGCCAUUGGAAGUCAGUGCAGCCAGAAACAGGCACAGGAUUGGCCAUUGAAAGUCAGUGCAGUCAGAAACAGGCACAGGUUUGGCCACUGGAAGUUGGAGGAGCAGCCAUCAACAGGCACAGGAUUGGCCAUUGGAAGUCAUUGCAGCCAGAAACAGGCACAGGAUUGGCCAUUGGAAGUCAUUGCAGCCAGAAACAGGCACAUGAUUGGCUAUUGGAAGUCAGUGCAGUCAGAAACAGGCACAGGUUUGGCCACUGGAAGUUGGAGGAGCAGCCAUCAACAGGCACAGGAUAGGCCAUUGGAAGUCAGUGCAGUCAGAAACAGGCACAGGAUUGGCCAUUGGAAGUUGAAGGAGCCACCAUCAACAGGCACAGGAUUGGCCAUUGGAAGUAAUUGCAGCCAGAAACAGGCACAGGAUUGGCCAUUGGAAGUCAUUGCCGCCAGAAACAGACACAGGAUUGACCAUUGGAAGUCAGUGCAGGCAGAAACAGGCACAGGAUUUGUAGUAAUUAGAUACUUUUAUCUUUCAGGUCUGACACUUGUCUUGCGUGCUGAGCAAAACGAUUACAUCCCUCUACUCUCCACUGUAGCAGGAGCACGUUUUGUUGUUCAUGGCCAAAAUGAAUCACCCUUCAUGGAUGACCGAGGGUUCAAUAUUCAACCUGGAGUAGAGACAUCAAUUGGCAUGAAAAAGGAAACCGUCCAACGAUUGGGAGGUCAGUAUAGUGACUGCUCAGAAGAUGGAAGCGAUGUUAAUGUGACAAAUUUAUAUAACAGUGAAUACACCCAGCAGGUUUGUGUACGCUCCUGUUUCCAGGCAGAGAUGGUUCUCCGUUGUGGCUGUGGCUAUGUAUUUUAUCCUCUCCCUCAAGGACAAGAAUACUGUGACAUAAAGAAGCAUAAAAGCUGGGGUCACUGUUACUAUAAACUAAGUAACGAAUUUGCAACAGAUGAACUGGGCUGUUUUACUAAAUGCCGUAAACCAUGUCUGGUGUCAGAUUAUCAACUCACAGCUGGAUAUGCUCGGUGGCCCACUGCGGUCAGUGAGGACUGGGUGCUGCACACAUUGUCUCAAAAUCAGAACAAUCUGACAGAAAGAAAUGGAAUUGCAAAACUUAAUAUUUACUUUGAAGAACUAAAUUACAAAACUACCCAGGAAUCUCCAACAAUUAAUAUGGUUAUGCUACUCUCACUCCUGGGCAGCCAGUGGAGUCUUUGGUUUGGAUCAUCUGUCCUCUCUGUGGUUGAGAUGGGAGAGUUAGUAAUUGAUGUUGUUGUCAUUGGUAUCAUCAUUCUUCUUCAACGUCACAGACGCUCUCAGAGUCAAGAAUUGGAAGAAACUUGCAGAGUGCCAACUCCUGAAAGCUCUUUUGGAGAAGAAGAUAUCAGCCAGAUGCAGAUUGCACACAACCUUACAGACAGACAGCUCAGAGUAGUUGCAGAUAUCACCCCUCCACCUGCUUAUGAGAGUCUGGACUUGAGUUCUGUGGGAGGGGGGUCUUCUCGGGCAUCCAGUAUGCGUAGCAAUAUGUCCCACCGUAGGGGGUCUAGGGCAGGCAGAGAGUGAGGGCACAAAAUUGAGGGCACAAUGGGGGUAAAAUGAUAUUGGGAUAAUAGAGCAGGGGCAGAUAAAGAAUAGUGCUAGAGAGGUAGAAAACUGCAGAGACUAAAAUCACUAAUGGUAGACUGGAAUAGGGAAGGGUCAGGACAGAAGAGAGUGGUAUAAUGAUUGUAUAUACACUGUUGGGUACAUUAUGGUCACUGUGUGUUAGUUUGUACUGCUAGGAAGGGUCAGUGCGAGUAACUCUAUACUGGGGAGUUAGUGUAAGUAACUUACGCUGAGGAGUCAGUGUGAGUAACUGUACGCUGGGGAGUCGGUGUGGGUAACUAUGGGUGAUGCUAGGGGGAGGGGACACUGGGUAUAUCUGUGCAUACUGAGUUUGGUUUAUAAAGCUGUAAUACACAAGAUCUCCUCUCUCCAGCCAGUCAGUGUGAGUAACUGUAUACCGGGGAGUCAGUGUGGGUAACUAUAUACUGUUUGUGGGUAACUAUGGGUGAUACUGGGGGGAGGGGUCUCUGGGUAUAUCUGUGCAUACUGAGUUUGGUUUAUAAAGCUGUAAUACACAAGAUCUCCUCUCUCCAGCCAGUCAGUGUGAGUAACUGUAUACCGGGGAGUCAGUGUGGGUAACUAUAUACUGUUUGUGGGUAACUAUGGGUGAUACUGGGGGGAGGAGUCUCUGGGUAUAUCUGUGCAUACUGAGUUUGGUUUAUAAAGCUGUAAUACACAAGAUCUUCUCUCUCCAGCCAGUAGAUUUUUAUGCUACAUAAUAUCAUAUUAUUAUAGGUAUGUUACAUAUUAUCAGGCAUUGAAUCAAUAAAUGUCUCAUCCAUGUUACAACUUGUCUAAUAAACUAAUCACAGGGUUAUUGGUAAUUUAUGUAACCACUAGAUGAAAAUUAAAUUAAAGAUUAUUGUCAAACGUGAA